UCCAUGAGACCAGCGAGCUUUGAAAUACACUGUGCUCUCCAUUUAAGCAAUUGGAAAUAUUUUCUGCUAUAUAAUUGCCCGAAAUCGGACUGCACCAACAGGGGAACAAAAGCAUAUGUGGAAGAACGGUGUUAAUUAGAUAACAUAUUCGACUAUCUGGAAAUAUCAUUGAUUCGGCGUGCCCUGAUUACUCAGUACAAUGGAGUUAGCAACCGACGAAAGUCUAUUAUUUCCCCGGCGACUCGGACAAAUUACCUCAUUUCUUGUACAAACUUCGGUUUCAAGUAGCGAGAAGCUGCGCCGCUGAGCCGCUGUGAUAACGCACUGCAUACACGAACAAGCAAGCACGAAUCGAAAGCGCUCCAAGUCAAAGUCGGCAUUACACUCACGGAUCUGGGAGACCCGCGUGGCUUUUUUUUUUAACCGACGCAGAUUGCCUGCAAAGAGCACUGACCGUGUUCAAUCGUGCUGAACGACUAAACUGCUCCGCCGUUUGACUGUGACAAUGAGCGACUUUUCACGGCGCAUUACGCGAUUACUGGGAUUUCUGAUAGUCACAGUGUUUCACGUGUCUUCCUGCCUCCCUAGUGAUUGCGACGUCGUCCAGUGUCGCCGUCUCCACUUAAAUAUCACCACGACAGCGCACCUGGUGCUCGGAACCGUAGUGGAGGAAAAGCACCCUUGCAGCUGCAGGGCCUACGAACUCACAGUCGAGUGCCUUAACAAGGUGUAUAACACCUGUCAGUCACUGAGCCAAACCUCGCUCAAUACCCUGAUCUUGGCCAGUGGCAAAGAAUACAAGGCCAAAUACAAAGAAUGUAAAGAAACGACAGGGUCUUACUGCCCAGAGGUGGACCCAAAGAUGGCCACCCGGGAACUGACCACGGCCAGAGUUAGACGGAACCAAGGGAAGACCAAUGUAGCUUCUGUCACAGACGUGAACGCCGCCGCGGCCUUAGGACUCGGUGCUUCUCAACAUGUCGUCGGGUUCUUGCCGUUUCUUGUUGGAGGUAUUUUUGCCAUGACAUUAUGACGAAGAGAGAAAACUGGGAGUUUGUGGUAACAAAUAAAUACACCUGCGUGCAUUUCAUAGGGUUAUGGAGAUCCAAAAGGUAGUCAAAAAACUCAAGGUCAGAUGUGAAAUAAAACUCGUGUAGGCCUACUGUUACAUGAACUCGUAUAUUUGAGACUUGAUUUCUGCGAUUUUAGGUUAAAUGCAAAAUACUGCACUGUCAUCGAUAAAAGCAAUUAUCUGACAUAGUACUUACCACAGCUUGGUUUAUUUGAAUUAGUGAUUUAAAACUUGGAGUUAUUACCACUGCAAAAUAUCAGUGUCUAACAAGGGCGGGGAGGAG